UUUUUUUUUUUUUUCCAUUGCCGGCCACAUGUUUGAUGAAAUGCUCCACCGAAAUCUCCAUUUUGCCAAGAACAAGCCUUUUCUUCCUCAAAAUUGAUUCUGGAGACAAGAAAGAUUGGAUCAAUCACUUGUUGAAGAUUAUCUACAUUUAAUGUGAACCCAGUACUCAAUUAAGUUGUUGACAAUAAUGCUUUUGAAGAACUCAGUGGAGACAAUGACAACUGAAGAUUCAAAUGAAGAUGGGACUUUACCUACUUUUGAAGAUAAUUACAAUAAAAAGCAGAGGAUUGAUGAUGGACCUUUUGUGAUGCCCCUUAUAUCAAUUCCUAAGGUGGAAGAAGAAGGUUCAAAAGCUUCUAUUGUAUUGUCUGGAACGGCUAAAAAGGGUGAACUAGGACCACCUAUUGGAGCGUUUGACAUCGGUAUUAGCAAAAGUGCAUAUUUUUUCCAAGUCGCUCUACCUGGUGUCAAGAAGGAUGCUGGUCAAUUUAGCUGUGAGAUUGAACAAAAUGGGAUGGUUCAUGUCAAGGGAGAAACAUCCACAGGUGGUAAAACAGUCACCAGACAUUCUCGAGUAUUUGAAAUGAAAUUUCAACAGCAAUCGCCUCCUGGACCAUUUACUCUAUCGUUCACUCUCCCAGGACCUGUGGAUCCAAGGCUGUUCUAUCCAAACUUUCGAUCAGAUGGUAUUUUUGAAGCCAUUGUCAUGAAAUGCGAAUAAAUAAAUUGUGUCCUAUCUGCAUGCAUCUAUAAGUUCCAGUGUUCCUUUUUCUACUUUUCAACUCGUAUUGUACAGGGAUGAAGAUGAAAAUGUGUAGCUGCAAGUGUUUAAAUGUGGCUUGUUAAUAUGUUUAAGAUGUUUAACCGUAUUCACAGCAGCUUCUGUUUCUGGUUAUUCUCCAACAAAUUGUCUUUCGUCCUGUUCAAUGUCAAAGUUGAAAUUACAACA